UCUGUGUUCUCUCUCCUAGGCAAUUCCUGGUGAUCUCGGAAGAACCGUGUCAUGGAAUCCAUCUCCAUGAUGGGAAGCCCGAAGAGCCUCAGCGAGACUUUUUUGCCCAAUGGUGUCAGUGGCAUCAAAGAUGCAAGGAAGGUCACCGUAGGUGUGAUAGGCAGUGGCGAUUUUGCCAAGUCGCUGACCAUUCGACUGAUUAGGUGUGGCUACCAUGUGGUGAUAGGGAGUAGAAAUCCAAAGUUUGCUUCUGAAUUCUUUCCUCACGUGGUGGAUGUCACCCAUCACGAGGAUGCUCUAACAAAAACAAAUAUGAUCUUCAUCGCCAUACACAGAGAACAUUACACCUCGCUGUGGGACCUGCGGCACCUGCUCGUGGGCAAAAUCCUGAUUGACGUGAGCAAUAACGUGAGGAUAAACCAGUACCCGGAAUCCAAUGCUGAGUACUUGGCCUCAUUAUUUCCAGAUUCCUUGGUUGUCAAAGGAUUUAAUGUCAUCUCGGCUUGGGCUCUUCAGUUAGGACCCAAGGAUGCCAGCCGCCAGGUGUAUAUAUGCAGCAACAAUAUUCAAGCUCGACAGCAGGUCAUUGAACUCGCCCGCCAGCUGAAUUUCAUCCCUGUGGACUUGGGUUCUUUAUCAUCUGCCAGGGAAAUUGAAAAUUUACCACUGCGACUGUUUACUCUCUGGAGAGGGCCAGUAGUGGUAGCCAUAAGCCUGGCCACGUUUUUCUUCCUUUAUUCCUUUGUCAGAGAUGUGAUCCAUCCAUAUGCAAGGAACCAGCAGAGUGACUUUUACAAGAUUCCUAUUGAGAUUGUGAAUAAAACCUUGCCUAUCGUAGCCAUUACUCUGCUGUCGCUGGUAUACCUCGCAGGUCUCCUGGCAGCUGUCUAUCAACUUUAUUAUGGCACCAAGUAUAGGAGAUUUCCACCGUGGCUGGAGACCUGGUUACAGUGUAGGAAGCAGCUUGGAUUACUAAGUUUUUUCUUCACUGUUGUCCACGUUGCCUACAGCCUCUGUUUACCAAUGAGAAGGUCAGAAAGAUACCUGUUCCUCAACAUGGCUUACCAGCAGGUGCAUGCCAACAUUGAGAACUCUUGGAACGAGGAGGAGGUCUGGAGGAUCGAGAUGUACAUUUCCUUCGGCAUCAUGAGCCUGGGCCUGCUGUCCCUGCUGGCGGUCACGUCCAUCCCCUCUGUGAGCAGCGCUUUGAACUGGAGGGAGUUCAGCUUUAUUCAGUCCACUCUGGGCUAUGUCGCCCUGCUCAUAAGCACGUUCCAUGUUUUGAUUUACGGCUGGAAGCGCGCUUUCCAAGAGGAGUACUACAGGUUUUACACCCCUCCCAACUUUGUUCUGGCUCUGGUCUUGCCCUCGGUUGUCAUUGUGGGGAAGAGCAUUUUGCUCCUCCCGUGUGUAAGCCGGAAGCUAAAGAGAAUCAAGAAAGGAUGGGAGAAGAGCCAGUUUCUAGAAGAAGGCGUUGCUGGAACAGUUGCUCCUCUCUCCCCUGAGCGGGUCACAGUGAUGUAA